UCUAAAAUGACAUUCUUACUAGGACAAAUGACGUCACAUUCUCCAUUCAUGUGUAUUGCGUUUUUACUUCCAGCUAUCCUAAAUGACAUUCCUCCUAUCUAAAAUAAACAUUCUGGAUAUCUGAAACAGUAUUCUGACUAGGAAAAACGUGAGUUUCUGAUAUCCAGAAUCCAAUUGUUUCUAGUCAUAAUUUUUAUUUCAGGUAUCAAAAAUCAUUACUAAAACAAACUAAUGUAAUCACCCGCGUGUGACCCAUAAUGCUUGGCGGCUCACAUUCCGUAUUUAACACAUUUUCUCCAUGAGUUGUAAUAGCAUUAGCGGUCAUUGACAAGAACAACCUAAUUUAAAAUCCGUCCUGUUUUGGGAUUUUGGUAAUUCCUUUUUUUAUUUUUAUUUUUCCUUCUGAAUGGACUUUAUGCACGGUGCUGUUUUUUUAACUUCCGGUUCACGACACGCCAGUAAAAACGCUUCCGGUUAAAGCUAUGGGUAACGUUGUGGCUGUAGAUUUGAACACUGAGGGAAACAAAGGAAUAAGAUAUUGUUCGUAGUCGAGACAACAGGUAGUAUAGUUGUUUAUAGAAGAGUGUAUUACUAUAAUGGUAUAAUAUAUAACGUGAGAUGAAGCAGGCACACAAGUUUCAGCGGCGUGAAAGGUGGACAGCUGAACACUGCUGUGUUCCAUUGUUACCUCGUCAGCUAAAUACAAUUCAACAAUCAGUUUCCACACGUUUCCCUCGGAUGAUCAACAACGGAAGAGAUUGAUCGUGAACAUCAGAAGGGAUAAUCUCAUCAUCACUCCACACACCCGUGUAUGCAGUCGACACUUUACAGCGCAAGAUAUCAAAGAGCCGAGUAAGGAAGGCAAGAGGAGGCGCUGAGGCCCGGCGCCGUUCCACUUUUAUUUCCGUGGAACAACUUUUCUCUUGGUGAGAGAAGACUUUCUGUGUGGGAACGCACAGCUAGAGAACCAGAGAAUGUGGAAACUGGGGAACCAGAUUGUGCACACGAUCACGACUACUGCGUGGGUCCGGAUCCUGCCGUUGUGGACAGUGUGCUGGAGGAAAAGCAGAGGCUACGAGAGGAAGUCGCUCCACGAAGGCAGCAGCUGGAGCAGAUGUCCCUGUCACGUUUCGGGAUACAGCGAUUUGAUGGGUCCGAUAUGGACAUUCGUUUUUUCACCCGGUUUGCAUCUUAUGACCACCUGAUGCGGUUUUGGCAGGUCAUUCAACCAUCACUGAAAUACAUGGUCCGAGCGACCAGCUUAACUGCUGAUGAUGCUGGACGACUGAGUGCUCCCACGGGACAGGCUCUACACCCAAUAGAUGAGAUGUUCCUUUUCCUUAACUACCUGGCCCUUGGACUGAAGCAGAGAGACCUGGCUGACCGCUAUCAAAUCCACCAAUCUACUGUGAGCAGAAUAAUUCUCACAUGGAGCAUUUUUUUGCUUUCUGUCCUGGGUGCACAGAGAAUCUGGAUGACACAAGAGAGGAUCCGGGAGUACCUACCUGUAGAGUUCAGAGACUAUGCUGACACCACUGUGAUUCUGGACUGCACUGAGCUGAGGUGCCAAACCCCUUCUUCUCCCUUGCUACAGAGUGAGGUCUACUCAAACUACAAGUCCCACUGCACCCUGAAAGGAAUGAUUGGUAUAGCACCACAUGGUCCAGUGACCUUUGUUUCUCCCCUCUAUGCUGGUUCGAUCAGUGACAAGCAGCUGUUUGUGGAAUCAGGUCUUUGCAAGCUUCUCCGUCCAGACUCAGCGAUCAUGGUGGACAGAGGCUUCCUGAUGGACAACUGUGUGCCCUGUAAGAUGUACAGACCUGCAUUUCUUUCAGGAAGACAUCAAAUGCCUGAGAGUGAGGUCAGGGAAACGCAGGCAAUCGCACACCUCAGAGUGCAUGUGGAGCGUGUGAUUGGAAGAUUGAAAGAACACAAGUUAUUGGAUUCAGUCAUUCCUUUGAAUAUGUUUGAUAACAUUAAUCAACUGUACAUUGUUGCAUGUCUCCUGCUGAACUACGAAAAUGGCCCCUUGGUUAAGGCUUGGGCAAAGUAGAACAAUCAAAUCUGACAUUGCAAGUGAUUAUUGUAGAAUAGUUAGUCAUUGAAUGUGAUAUUGUUAUUGCUGUUUUAAACAUUUUGAUGCAAUAAAA